AUGACCAUUUCAGGUUAUGCAAAGAUGCAUUUACUACAGCUGUUUAUCUUCUCACUAGUUGCCGCGUACUGCAAUCCAGCAUUGUAUGAUGAUUAUAGACAUGCUCAAUUCGUUCGUGAUUGGGCUGCUCAUUGCGUCGACAAGUACCUGCCAACGUAUGAUGCUUUAGAAAUUGGACCAGAAAUUCGAAAGUGCGACACCGAGAGAUGUGUCUAUUUCAUGUACAAGUACAUUGCUGACAACUGCCCAGAAAAGUUUCUUGAAUUUGACAUUUGUUUUGAAACAAAUACUGCCAAAAAACAAUCCAGAACGCCAUCACGGAAACCAGAUCAACAUUAUACGUCAUGAAUUUAACAUGCAUAAUUCUCCAAUUUAAUAAAUAUUUUAAAUCCAAUA